UUUUUUUUUUUUUUUUACUGUUUUCUGGGUGUAAGAGCUUGAAAGAGAAAGACAAGGGUUGAUGAAUAAGGAAAUGUAGGGCCUGAGGUCCAGGCGUAAAGAAAAGAGACCAUGCAUCCAUAGCUAAGAAAACCCUCUUUGUUUUUGCUCUUAGAAUCUCCCUAGGGUUUCCGAGAUUUUCUAACACUCCGAUACGUAACUGGGGUUUGUUGUCUAACUUGCCGGUGUCUGUGCGUUCUGGCUGUUCAUAUAAAAAAAUGCCCUUUUUUUUGUGAAUCUUUUGCAGAUUCUGGAGUUUAGUUUUUCAUAAAAUAUUUUGUUAGUUUUUAUCUAGUUUCCUUUUGGUUAUGGGUUGUCGCAAUUUCUCUCAAGUUUAGCCCUAAUUUCCUUCAUAUUAUAUAUUUCUAAAUUCUUCCCUUGCCGGAGUUCUUUGUCUGUAAUUUUUCCUGUAAAUUUUGAAAUAUCUUUGAUUCUUUCCAAUAGUACUUUCUGAGCCAAAGCAUAAGCGUUCUUGGAAUUUUCACCAAAAGUAGUUGUUUUUGUGGUCAUUUAGAACAUGGUGAGAGGGAAGAUUCAGAUGAAGCGAAUCGAAAACGCGACGAGCCGUCAAGUCACCUUCUCGAAGCGUCGAAGUGGACUGCGAAAGAAGGCCUUCGAGCUCUCCAUCCUUUGCGAGGCCGAAAUCGCCGUGAUCGUCUUUUCCCAGAAGGGCAGGCUCUAUGAGUUUUCAAGCUCUGACAUGCAAAAGUUGACAGAACGAUAUCUUAACCAUGCAAAUGGUGGGAAAUUCAACAAUAUUGCAGGGGACCAAUAUAUGCAGCAACUGAUGCGUGAAAAUGUAAGCAUGGCCAAGACGAUGGAGCUUCUUGAUGUUUCUCAAAGGAAGCUUUUGGGACAUGGUUUAAAUUUGUGUACUUGCGAGGAACUUGAGGAGAUCGAGAGCCAGCUGGAGCGAAGCCUAUGCCGCAUCAGGGAAAGAAAGGCUCAGUUGUUGAUGGAUCAAAUAAAGCAUCUAAAGGAUAAGGAGAGACUUUUGCGAGAAGAGAAUGCAAGCCUAAGAGAAAAGCUACCAGUUGCUCAAGAGAAAGAGAUUGUACCCAACUGCAGCCAAAGUAGCCAGGGUUCGGACAUAGAUGUGGAGACUGAAUUGUUCCUUGGACUGCCUCAAAUGCGCUGCUCGUAGAAGUAUGUGGGGGGCUUUUGGCGUACGUUCUUCCAUGAUUUCAAUAAUAAUGAUACCCUGGCGGGCCGUAUAUGCAUUAUAUAAUUGAGAAGAAAUAAGUAUAAGUUGUGAUUUUCUGUUCACUUGUGAUUCCUCAUUGCCAAAUCAUGAUGCUUUUCCUUCCAAUAUUGUGACGUGACAUCAAAUUUGUCAGCUAGCUAGUUGUAUAACGGAUCGUAAUGUAAGCUAGAAAUGAUUUCAAUGCAAUAUAUAGUAUGUUAACCGAA